AUGAGCGCAAUUCUAUCGGCAGACGACUUGAAUGAUUUUAUUUCACCGGGAGUCGCAUGCAUCAAACCUGUGGAAUCUUUGCCGCAGAAAAACGCACAAACCACAGAGAAUGCCUACGAAGUAACGACAGAGGACAAGGUUCAGCCCGAAAACUUGCCUCCGGCACAAAUUUCUUUGACAGACUGUCUUGCCUGCUCAGGCUGUGUGACCUCUGCGGAGGCGGUUUUGAUUUCUUUACAGUCCCACACGGAGGUCUUGAACACUCUGGACGCGCACCCGGAGAUCUCACUGACGCAGACCCCACAAGGAACUACACGGGCCUCCGACGAAGAUGAUGGUGAAGGUAGGAUAUUCGUGGCCAGUGUGAGUCCUCAGGUCAGAGCCAGCCUAGCCGCCACAUAUGGCGUCUCCGAGAGGCAGGCGGGCUGGAUGAUCGACCAGUUGCUCCGUGGCCCGCAAGGUCUGCGCAGCGGCGGCAAACAUGGCAGUGGGUUUACGUGGGUGGUGGAUACCAAUGCGAUGCGCGAGGCUGUCUUGGUUCUCACCGCGGACGAGCUGACGGAAUCGAUGGCUGAGACGGCUUCUACAAUCGACGAUCCGAACUUCGCGCUUCCCAAACGACCCAUCUUGUCCUCUGCAUGUCCCGGGUGGAUCUGCUACGCAGAAAAGACCCAUCCAUUCAUUCUACCACACCUGUCACGGCUGAAGUCUCCGCAAGCUCUGUCAGGCACCUUCCUCAAGUCUGUUCUGAGCAAGUCUCUUGGGGUUUCUCCGUCACGGAUAUGGCACCUGGCGAUUAUGCCGUGCUUUGAUAAGAAGCUUGAAGCCAGUCGAGAAGAAUUGACCAAUUUGUCCUGGCAGGUCGACUGUGUAGAGGGCGAGUCUGGACUACAGCAGCCUGUCCGGGAUGUUGAUUGCGUCAUCACAACCCGUGAACUUCUCACUUUGGCUGCUUCCCGGGGUGUCACCUUGCCUCAGUUGUCACGCGGCCCCCUCGCGCAAACAUACAGGUUGCCUUUCCCGGUUCAGUCACUCGAUGCGUUCGCAUCCUCCAGAGGAUCUUCCACUACACAAGCCAUUGAGAGCGGGACAUCAGGGGGCUACCUGCACCAUGUGCUGCGAUCAUUCCAAGCUCGGAAUCCCGGUAGUCGACUUACGAUCAAUAGGGGGCGCAACGCCGACGUUGUUGACUAUGUCCUCACUGCUGAAGAUGACCGCGUAAUCUUGAAAGCUGCUCGCUACUAUGGAUUCCGGAAUAUCCAAAACUUGGUUCGGAAACUUAAACCCGCCCGGUCAUCUCGAAUGCCUGGGGCAAAGGCCAUGGUGGGACGACGGCAGCCAGUUUCUCGCAAUGCCGCGGGAGGCACACCUGGCUCGGACUAUGCAUACGUUGAGGUGAUGGCUUGCCCUGGCGGCUGCACCAACGGAGGUGGACAAAUUCGGGUCGAAGACGCCAGAGCGGCUUUAGAGCCAUCCCCGGUUGUUGAACUAUCUGGAGAACAUGGCAGCGUGAAGCCAUCCCCUCACGAACAACGGGCAUGGCUCACCAGAGUUGACGAAGCCUACUUUUCCAUGGAAUCUGACAUGGAGAUCGAAGGACCAGAGCCCUCUCAGCUAGAGUCCCUUUCCGAGGCUGAAAAUCGUGUUCACGAUGUGUUGCAACGCUGGUCAGACUACAUGUCUGUUCCACUCUCGAAACUGGUAUACACCACAUACCGCAAGGUGGAAAGUGACGUCGGCAAAGACCAGAUCGAUGUGAAUGAUACAACCAAGGUUGUCGAGCUAGCUGGCAAAAUCGGUGGUGGAUGGUGA